AUGAAAAUAUGUAAAAGACAGAGGCACAUAAAUAAAUGUGAAAGGAAAAUUAAUUGGUGGAGAUUAAAGGAUAAAAAUUUUAGAGAGGAGUUUAGUGAAAAAGUACUGGAAAAGGUAAAAUUGGCAGAGAGUGUGCAGGAGUGGUGGAAAAUAAAUAGUGCUGUUAUAAGGAAAACUGGGGAAGAAGUGUUUGGAUUAACAUUUGGGAGAGGGGUGCCAAAAGAUAAGGAAGCAUGGUGGUGGAAUGAAGAGGUGCAGAAGGUUGUGAAGGAAAAGAAAGAUGCUAAGAGGAAGUGGGACAUGCCUGUAAGUGCUGAGGAUGGGCAAGCAUACAAAAGUGCAAAGAAGGAGGCAAAGCAAGCCAUGGCUAAAGCUAAAGCUGAAUCAGUAAGGGAGGCAUAUGAACAACUACAGAAAAAUCAGGAUAUAAGACAACUGAUAUGGAUAGGCAAAUCAAGAGAUAAAGCUUCUAAGGAUCUAACAGCAAUAAAACAAAUGAAAGAUGAAACAGGAAUAAUUCUGCAUGACCAUGGAAAAAUAAUCCAAAGGUGGUUAAAUUAUUUUGAGAAAUUGCUGAAUGAAGAAAAUUUAAGAGUGAAAACUGAGGAAGGAGGGGCAAAUGAAGGAUUAAUGAUGGAUAUAAGUAGAGAUGAAGUCAAACGGGCAAUUGAAAAGAUGAAAAAUGGGAAGGGAGUUGGCCCAGCCCAGAUCCCCAUUGAGGUAUGGAAGUGUCUUGGUAAAAAGGGAAUUGAGCUCCUUUGGGAUUUAAUGAAGAAGACUUGGUGA